UUUUGAUAAUUUCAAGAAGCGGCAGCGGUCUGUGGCGAUACGGCGAUACUUUGUGUUUGUGCGUGCACGUUGGUGCGCGAGUGACAGGAUUUUUUGUUUUCUUUUCUCUAAAAUUCAAAUACAAGUGGCGUGCGCGAGAUUGUGCUACUUGUGGCCUGUUUCGCGCGAACGGGUCGCUUGUUUUGAGUCAGCGACCACUGACCAGUACAAAGAUGUGAACUAACCGGUGCCGGGAUUACCAAGUUUGUGUGCAGGGAAAAGGCCUAGCUGCGCGCGUCUGCGUUUGGUCGCAAGAGAUCUCAAAACAAAUGAACUGUGUGCAGUGACAGAAACGCUUCUUGUGCUGCAUCGGUGAGUUCGGCGCGGGAGCAAUUUCUGAGAUGACAACAUGGAUGUAGAAACGUGUGAAUCGUUAACUGCCAAUGGUGAAUUAACUGGUGAAUGCACCAAGGACGGAACGAGCAAGCAGCCAGAGGACAAUGAAGAAACUAAAGCGGACGACGCAGGCUCCUCGGAUGAGACGUUGAAAAACAGUGGCAUAACAAAUGGCUGUCUCGAUACGAGUGCAAUUGAGGAAGAAGUCGAUGCUGCGAAGUCUGUGAAUGGUACGAGUGAUAGCGGCGCCAUGGACGAAGGGGGGCUGGUAGACAAGCCUUCCUCCGAAGGAGAUGUUGUUAGUGUGACUGAGAACAGCUCCAAGGGCAACAGUGAUGUGUUGGAGUGCGGAGACAGCCAGCAGGAUUCAGUAGCAGAUGAGGAAAGAACCGAGCCCUCAGAGCCCAGCGAAGACUUCCAGCUUCCCGACUGCAGAGGGUCAGACUCGGUGAAGAGCAAGGAAACUAACUCCGAAGACUCAACACCAUCCUCUACUCCUCGUAGGACAGUGAAAAAGAAGUCCAAAAAAAUCUCCAAGUUGUCCAUUAUGCAUGCCAUAGCUGAAAGACUGUCAGGGCAGGCAAAAGGAGACGUCAAAGGUGCUGCCAAAACGGAACCUAAAGGUGAUGGGGAAUCAAAUGCAAGUGACAGCACGUCUGAGGCAACGGAUGAGAGAUUACCACAAGACACGAAAGAUUCUUCGGAAGCAGAUCAAAAACCAGCAAGCCCUGCAAGAGAAAGUGGCUCUUCAAAAAAGUCUGGCAACACCUGUGCAGUUUGUUCUGCUGUGAAAGGCCUUCGUUACCAAGUGCUCUACCAGGGCAAGACCCAGUUUCUUUGUUCAGAUGUUUGCUUCAAGACUUUUCGAAGCAAGCAGAAGCUGGCCCCAAAAAAGCCUGCAGAGCGGGACCGAUGCACUGCAUGCCAGAAGGAACAUGCUGACGGAGUGGGCUAUUACUCCUCUUUUGGACCGUGCAAACCACUUUGUUCUCCUAACUGCCUGGAGAAGCACCAAAAGUUGCAGCGUCCCAAGAGGAUAUGUGCUCAGUGCCAGCAAUGUGUGGAAGCCACCGAGCAGAAGCCCACAUUCCUUGUCUGGGAGACCAUGGAGUUUUGUGCUGAGGAAUGUCUGCGCAAGUAUCAGAGCGCCAAUGGCUCACACUGCUCUCACUGCCACUCAACUGUCAACCAGCUGUCACUGGGAAAGUACUGUGUGCGCUUUGGCGCCGACAUCCGGCAAUUUUGCUCGGGCAAGUGCCUCGAGGAAUUCAAAAGGGGCCUCAAGGUUUGCUGCCUGUGUCAGAAGGACUUGACCAAACAGGUGGAAGGCUUCCUGGCACCAGUUGGAGAUAAAGGUCAUUUCAAAGACUUUUGCAGUCAGGAAUGCCUCGAGCGGUAUGAGCGCAUGAAUGCAUUCAAUGCGGGCAACCUGGUGGCCCACAAGUGCACUGCAUGCAGCGCCGAAUCCACCACCAAGUACCAGGUUGACUUUAAUGAUGCAUCUCAUCGUCUGUGCAGUGACACGUGCGUGUCAAAAUUUCGUUAUGCAAAUAAAAUCAAGAUGAUUGUUUGUGAAAACUGCCACAAGUUGUACGACAAUGCAGCCGACAAGUGCAGUUCUCUGUACUACGACAACAUCUGCCUGCAGUUCUGCACUAAGGCCUGUGUGAAUCUGUUUGUGCUGUCUCACAGGAAGAUAGUGCCCUGUGCAUGGUGCAAGGUGAAGAAGUACAACUUUGACAUGAUCGAGCGGGUGGAGUCUGCAACGACCAGUCACCUCUUCUGCUCACUGAACUGCGUGAAUCUGUUUCGUGUGAACCAGAAUGCAUCAUCAGCACGGAUUAUUCGCUGCGAUUUCUGCUUCAAGAUGCUGCCUGCUCAGUACCACCUCACCAUGAGUGAUGCUUCCAUACGCAACUUCUGCUCCUACAAGUGUGUCAUCACAUUCCAGAACCAGUUUAAAAACUUGCCUCUGCUCACCACCUCAUCACCCACUGUUAGCCAGCCUACAGUAGCCAAGAGCCAGGCGACUGCUGAAGCAGGGGGCACACCUGUGAUUACCAACAUACGCUCACUGGCCCCAACAACGGUUGUUCCCACUUCCAUGCAGUCAGCAUCCGAGAUGAGCACUUCACCGGCCAAUAUGGUGCGAACACCGCCCACCCUUACGGCCAUGCCAAAGGUGGUGAGUGCUUCGGUGCUUACGCCAUCAAAUAGUACCACAGAUGCUGCGCCCAAAGUCGUCACACGAACACCAAGCAUUGCUGUUUCAACCACAGCAACUUCUGUGACUUUGCCUGUGCCUGUUGUCACGACAACCAACACCCUCGCCUUGAACGUUCAGUCAGCGAAGGAUGCUACCACUGUGGCCGCUGGCCAGUCUGAGCGGGAAGUGAUAAUCCAGCUGCCCUUUCCCAAGCUGCUUCGCAAUAAGGCAGUGUUGUGUCGUCCCCAGAUGGUCACCAAGGCUGCGUUCUGCCGACCUGUACCCUGCCACAAGGAAACGCAGUCUGACAUGCAAACCCAAACUGGCUCAGAGGGCGGUCCAGCACGGCUGAUACCAGUUCCUGUGCCAAUCUAUGUUCCAACGCCCAUGCACAUGUUCUCCUAUGCUGUACCAACUCCACUGCCCAUUCCCAUUCCGGUGCCUGUGCCUAUUUUCCUGCCUACAACAAAGGACACCUCAGAACAGAUCAUGGAAGCCCUAAAAGAAUUCAAGGAGAACAUGAAAAAUGACAAGUUUGACGAAGUCCUGCUUGCUAUUGCGCAGUCCAUGGCAGAAUCGUCAACAAGACCAUCUUCUGAAACCAAAGCUUCAGAUGAACCCUCUCGUACAAAGUGUGAGAAAAGGGCUGCGUCCGACGAAGCAGAUGUCGAUUUAUCAAGUAAAAAGAUGCGGACAUUGGAGGACGAGACGGAGACUCCUGAAGGAAGCCCAAUGACAGAAGAGGCAGUGAGAACUCACGAGUCAUUGGAUCCAGCUGGGGCUGUGAGUGCCUGGCAGGACUGGGUGCAGACAAAGAAUGCAGAGCUCGAGAAAAGUUCCCUCUCGGGCAAGCGGCAACUGAAGCUGUUCAAGACAAACUUGCUGAGUAUGACUCCCGAAGAGCUCAACUACGCCCUCUGCCUCUUCAUCAAGGAAGUGCGGCAACGUGAUGGCACGGCUCCCUCUCCAUGUCACAUCUACCUCCAGUGCCUUGGAAUUCAACAGUACCUACAUGAGCAAGGGCGCCAGGAUAACAUCUUUGCCGAUCCUCAGUAUGAAAUGUUCACUGGCUGCUUUCACAGCAUUUUCAACCAAGCUCAUGAGACAAGCAAAGAGUCCCAGGAGCACAUUCGCGAGGAAGUUUUGUGGCAGGCUAGACAACUGGGUGACCACUCGCCUGUGGUGCUGCUCAACACACUGAUGUACUUCAAUGUCAAGUACUUCCGGCUACACACGGUUGACCAGCACCUUCACCUGACCCUGGCUGAUGUCACUGAACAGGAGCAGGAGAGCCCCGAGGGGGGCCAACCCAUGAAAAUACUCAGGUCCACAGCAGCAGCUUGCCAAGAACAAGGAAGCAAACCUUUGCAUUGUGAUCAACCACAAAAUCUGGAGAAUCCACACAGAUGUCCAGUAAAACUUUAUCAACUUUACCUCUCCAAAUGUCCAGACGCUGUCAAGUCUCAGCAGGGGGCGUACUACAUGUUGCCAGACCGAACUUGCAACCCUGAAACUGCUGUCUGGUAUUCCAACAGCCCCCUAGGAAAAGAUACCAUAUCACGCAUGCUGACAAGGUUCAGUGUUGUUGAAGAAGUGAAAGACAUCUCAAGCAAACUAAUCUGUCCAGCCUGAUGAGCUUCAUCACAGGAACAUUACACAGGCCCCAGGACAUGGAUUGCGGACAUAACUUCACCUCUCUUUGUUUUUGUUUCUAUAUUCGGACUUUCAUCAUCCUGUGUUCUUCACUGUGUUUCUCAUAGAUUGUUGUCAUGCUGUUCAUAUGGUAAUAGAGCUCUUUGCAGUCAUUUCUAUGGUGUGAUCUUCAGAAGAUGGAACAUGCAACACAGUGCAGCUGAACUAUCACUAAUGAUGUGUAACACCAGAGAGUAGUGUUAUACAUAGUAGACAUUAAAACAUAAAAGUUUGUUAAGUUGCAACGAUAUCCCCGGUUGCAUACUGCAUGCCUGCCGUGGUUCAUUUUUGUGAUCUGCUGCAAACCACAACCUUCAUCUGUUGAUUAAAUUUCUCAUUGCAUAUGGCAACAAUAGUAUCUGGUUUUUGUGAUGAGCUUGUUCUAAGGAUCAAGUGAAAGCAGGUUUUGUAAAUAUGCUUUGUAUGUUGGCUUCAAAACUGUUAUGAAAAGCUCAAACUUGCAUGUGGUUCUUAUGCUGAUGCUGUGGAAUGUUAUAUAGUCUAAAUCGUUCAAGCUUCUCUUGCUGCAUAAAAAAAAAAAAAAUCUUGUAGCUGCUGCUGCUUGCUCAGUCAUUUUGGGCACCUGGCUCUUUAUAUCGGUGUUACUUUGCUCGGACGCCUUAACAUAAUGAUGGUUGGUGGGUGCAAUAACUGCAGCCACAUGGAAUGCCACUAGAAGCGCUAUUUUGAUGGCAAUGAAAACUUUUACUACACAUUUUUUCAAUCUUUUUUUUUUUUUACAAUUUGGUUGAUAUAAAGGCCUUCCAUGGUGUUUUCGCCAACCAAUGUAAGUACGAAAACCUCCCCUCCUGGUCUGUGCCCUCCUUGUGUUCUCUCUUGCUUUUCCUGUCAACCUCAGGGGCAGAAUGGAAACGCCACAAUAUUGAAAGUGCGCUCACUGUGCAUCGUUUUACUCCAUGCUUUUGUACCCUGCUGGACACUAGAGAGUGAUUUCUACAUGUCAGUGCGAUCUGACGACUUCUUGGAAAAUAAUGAAAUACUCUGAGAAGAUGUAAGUGUAAAUUUUAUAAACUCCGACAGUGAAGUGUCAACUCAGUGAACGCCGUAUUAAUGCAUUUCUAUACUGA